AAUAAUCAAUUAUCUAAAAAUAUUGUUUAAAUACUUAGAAGUAACUAUAUUUUGAAGAAUUUUGAUUGAGUUGUAUCGGCAACGCCGAUUCAAUUAUAAAAAUUAAUCCUCAAUCCCAGAAAGAUGCUACUGUUAAAGUUUAUUUAUGUAAAUAAAUAGAAAAUAGGGAGGAUGACCAAUCGUUAAUAUGGGUUGGCUUAGUUGUUGUGAGUGUAAGUCCAAGGAAGAAAAAAUAACAGAAUUAGAUUUCUCUCGCUGUGGAAUUUCGGAAGUGCCAAAUGAUGUUUACACAAAUUCGCCCACAUUAGAAGUUUUACACUUAGAAGGAAACAAAUUGAAAGAUCUGCCGCCCCAGUUAUUUCAGUGUAUAGACCUUAGGUAUUUAAAUAUAAGUGAUAACGAAAUCCGAGCCAUACCUCCACUUAUUUCAAAGUUAUCGAAUUUGCAAGUAUUGAUAUUUAGUAAAAACGUUUUAGAUGGGGUGCAUCCAAAUCUACACAAACUUAAUAAACUGACCAUGCUAGAUCUCAGUAUGAAUGACCUAGGUAAAGUCCCAGAUGCUGUGAUGAGCCUAAUAAAUUUACAGCAGCUCUGCCUCAAUGAUACAGGAAUUGAUUUCGUUCCGGCCAACAUUGGUAGACUCUCUAACUUAAAGAUAUUAGAAUUAAGGGAUAAUAAUUUAUGUGAAUUGCCUAAAUCCAUAAGACGUUUGACAAAUUUACAAAGACUUGAUGUGAGCGAUAACAAUUUAUCCAAUUUAACAGAAGUCUGUGAAUCGCAUGGGAAUUUGACUGAGCUUUGGAUAAAUGGCAAUAAUAUAUCUGAAUUGUCAGUUUCUAUAACCUAUUUAAAAAAAAUUAAUGAUUUUGAUGCAUCUUACAACAACUUAGAAUCUGUACCAAAGGAGAUAGGUCAUUGGACCAAAAUUACUAAUCUGAUUUUAAGUUUCAACAACAUUUCAUAUCUACCAAAGGCCAUUGGAAAUUUGAGAAAUCUUCAAGUACUAAAGCUGGAAUCAAAUUUUUUGAAGGAGUUGCCAAACACCAUCUGCAAGUUGAUUAACUUGGAGGAACUGAAUCUACAGAACAAUUGUCUCAACAAGGUACCAAGUGGUAUUGGCCACCUUAGAAAACUAGCCACUCUAAUAUUAUCUGACAACAAACUCCACUGCUUACCACCAGAAAUUGGAAGCUGCAGUGAAUUAUCAAUUCUAAACAUACAUAACAACUUUCUAGCAAGAUUGCCAGACGAAGUAGGCCAUUUGCAACACCUAACAACCUUGGGUCUCAUUGGAAAUAGACUUUCGUUUCUACCAAUUACAAUCUCAAAGCUAACCAAUUUAAAAGCAUUAUGGCUGACCCCAAAUCAAACACAGCCACUUAUUCAUCUACAAAAUGAACAACUUUCUGAUGGACAAGUGGUUCUGACAUCUGUUGUAUUCCCUCAAACACCUCUAAGGGAACGUGCCACACCUCUACCCCCAGUAGGAACUCAGACAAGUCAUAUUAGUUUUAAGACUGAAAGAACUGAACCUGAUGUUGCCACUACAAACUUAUCAUUAAGUAGAACUCCAACUCCCCAUCAUAAGGAGUUAAAGCGUCUGAGAGAAAUACUUAGAAACAAUCAUAUUUCAGUCAAUCAAGUGUUAAAUGUAUCUGAAAUUAAGGAGGCUAAAGUGACUCACAUAACUGGUGACAUCAGUACUUCCCAGACAAGUUUAAAUGGUCAUGAAGGAGAAUCCUCUGAUUUGUUAGAUAGUGUUUUGGAACAAAAAGAGGAGAAACUCCAACCUAAACAACCACCACCUUAUCAUAUUGCUGCGGCCUACUCUAAGAAUGCUCAUUUGUUUGCAUAUAGCCCUCCUAGUCCACAUGACCAGCCAAAACAGUUUAGCCAACAGCAACCUUCCAACAUUCAUAUGCCCACUCCAAAAUUGGCUAACCGACAUCAGUUAAAUGAAAAUAUUCAACCCCCAUUACAGUUAUCUGAUAAAAAGAAUAUGAAAUCAGUUUCCACUAACACAAAGGAGGAUGCAAGUUUCUUGUCUAAAAAAACUAGUUGGCCAUUUGGGCCUCAGAGUUUCUGUCAAGUUUUUGAAGUCGAGCUUCCAGACUGCCAUGAACCUGGAGAUUUUCAAAUUGUAGCUAAAAAUGACGGAAUUUUCGUUGAAGAAGUUAAUACUCAAGGGGUCAUAUUCCAAAGACUGCAUGUUGGUGAUAAAAUAUUGGCCUUUGAUGAAACAGAUUAUACAGCUAUAGAUUCAUUAGCUGCUUAUCAAGAUGCUACGAGAAGAAUCGGUAAUGUAAAGAUUGUAACAGUUUCUAGAAGACAGGCAUCUUGAAUGUUAUAUAAAAUUUACAAAUAUUUUUGUGUGUUCAAUUUAACAGUGUAUAUUUUUUAUGACGUUUGGUUAUAUAAGUUAUAUAUUGUAUAACUAAGCAAAUUUAAAAUGUGUUCUAAUACCUCACAUAAUUCAUUGAGUAACAGGCUGUGAUUUUUUUGUAAUUGUUUUUGUAACCUAGAAUAUAUGUUUAUUUAUUGAGUAUAUAGCCCUGCUAGUUUUGUAAACUAUUAUUUAUACAUUCUGCCUCUUUUAUAUGUCUUGGGCUUUCGCCACCAUCAUUCAUUGAAAGAGUGACACAGUGACCUGUGGGAGAUUGUGAACGUUAUUAUGACAUGCGGGAAUAAGGUAAGGGGUUCUACAUGUCGCGAAAAAAUCAAUGAAAUGUUGUUAUUUGAAUUAUAUUAUUUGGUGUUACUGUUUAUCCAGAUUUUAUAACAUGGUGUCCAGUGACUUGCAAAGUUUCAAUUUGGUCAGACAUCUUGCAAAUAUCCCAGAAUUUUGUGCAAUUUUUUUUUCUUUUUAAAGAGGUCAGAAAAAUAGGGGAUUACAUCUGGACACUAUAUAAUAUGGUGACUUAUCAGAACCAACAAAUAUUGUGGUGCUAAAAACUUGUUAUUUGUUGAGUUUCAAUUUAAACUUGAAGGUUUACAAAAAAAAAGAAAACAUAGAUUUAGGCAGAUAAUUUUUUCAAUUCAAAAAGUAGGUUUGUUUAUUAAAAUGUUAUUAUGUAAAUAUACAGUAUUUUGUAUAUGUAUAUGCUCUCUCUUGUAGUUCUGAAAAAAUUGUAUCAUUUCUCGCAAUAUAUCCUUCAUUAUAUUUAGAUAAUUGUAGCUAAAUAUUUCGUAGGUGUUGUGUGUUACUUGAAAUCUUUUAUGCAGGGAUUACAAUAAAAUAUGCAUUGUAUAAACUUUUAAGCUUAUAGCUCCAGGUAUGCAUCUAUCGGCGUGUUCUUUUUUUUGAAGCUCUUAAUAUGUAUAAAUAAUUACAAAACUGGUGGUAUAAUUAAUUAUAGUUUUUAAUUAUGUUGAAUUUCAA